UUCUCUUCCUCUUUCACAUUUGGAUAUCAUGCUUCCACAAAUAGCAGUCUUCUUUGGAAGAAUGGAUUUGCCCCUUGUGUGACAUGUUCAUAUUAAGAAACCAGUGGAGCCAAGGUACCUCUGCUGAUGAGCCACUAUCAGGCUUCAGACUUAUGGAUGCAGUCGGAUAACACGCGUCAAGGACCAUCUCAGGUUUCCCGUAAUGCAGUUCGUUCUAGCAAGGCCAUUAUGCUGCUUUCUGCUGAGUUGUCUUCUGGGCAUUAUGUCUCUCCUGUUUGCUCUCCAUUGCUGGUCACUCAAUUUUAUCUUGAUUCAUCUGUCUCAGUAACAGCCUAAACUCUGUCAGCAGCCCACGAUUCCAUUAGUGAGGAGACCAGAUUUGAACCCAAAGAUUCAAAUUUGAUGCAGGCCAUUCGCCUGAGAGCAUCAUUCAAGAAAAGAUUGACAAAGGAUACAGUAGCUCGGCAUUCCAAGAUGAGAGAACCUGGGGCACGCAAUUUUAAUUUAGAGAAACCGGACAACGAGGAGAGACAAUCCAGACAAAUAAUCACUUCCAGAAAAACUUUUCAUAAUGUCAAAGUACCUCACUGUAAUAAAUUUGGGAGAAGUUUUCAUCGGGAAUCAAAUUUUGUUGCAUCAUGGAGAAGAACUAUGGGGAAAGGUCUCCAAAAAUAUAAGACACUUGGAAGAAACUUCAAAGGUUUUCCCUAUUUAAUUACAAGUAAUAGAUUCUUCUUCCAGAAGGAACUCUGUAAGUAUACCAAAUGCAAAAAACCCUUCAAUUACCACUCAGAUUUAAUUAAAUUUCAUAAAACGCUUGCUGUAGGAAGGCUAUAUGAACCUAAUGAAUGUGAAAAAGUAUUUGGCAAAAGAUCAAAUCACGGUGGACAUCAAAGGGUUCGUAAUGAAGAGAAACAUUACAAAUGUAAUAAAUAUGGGAAAUUCUUCAGAGACAGAAAAGGUUCGAUUAAACAUAGUGUGAUUCAUAUUAGAAAGAAAUCUUUUUCACAUAAUCAAAGUGAGAAAGCCUUCACUGAAAAGGGACAUGUUAAUACACCACAGAAAACUCAUAAUGAAGAAAAACACUUUAAAUGUAAUGAAUGUGGGAAAGCUUUCAGUCAGAGGGGAAAUCUAAUUAGUCAUCAGAGAGCUCAUGCUGGAAGGAAACCCUUUGCAUGUAGUACCUGUGGGAAAACUUUUAGCCAUAAGGGAAACCUAAUGAGUCAUCAAAGUGUCCACAUUGGAGACAAACCUUUUGCAUGUAGUACAUGUGGGAAAGUCUUUGGCCAAAUGAGACAUCUUAUUAUACAUAGAAGAAAUCAUAGUGGACGGAAACCCUUUGUUUGUAAUGAAUGUGGAAAAGCCUUCAUCAGGAGAGGGCACCUUAUUACGCAUCAGAGAAUCCAUACUGGAGAAAAACCUUUUGCCUGUAAUGAAUGUGGGAAAAAGUUCAGUGAGAGGAGAAAUCUUAUUACCCAUCAGAGAAUUCAUACUGGAGAAAAACCUUUUGCUUGUGAUGAAUGCGGAACAGGCUUCCGACAGAGAAUAAGCCUCAUCAUACAUCAGAGAACUCACACUGGAGAGAAACCUUUUGCGUGUAAUGAAUGUGGGAAAGGCUUCAGACAGAGUGGACACCUUGCUACACAUCGAAGAAUUCAUACUGGACAGAAGCCUUUUAAAUGCAAUGAAUGUGAAAAAACCUUCAGUGAGAGGAGAACACUUAUUACUCAUCAGAGAAUUCAUACUGGAGAGAAACCCUUUACAUGUAAUGAAUGUGAGAAAACCUUUACUCAAAGGGCAAGUCUUAUUACUCAUCAGAGGACUCAUGCUGGAGCCAAACACUUUGAAUGUAAUGAAUGUGGGAAAGCUUUCUUUAGGAGGGGACACCUUAUUACACAUCAAAGAAGUCAUACUGGAGAGAAACCCUUUGCAUGUAAUGAAUGUGAGAAAACUUUCAGUGAGAAGAGAAACCUUAUUACCCAUCAAAGAACUCAUACUGGAGAGAAACCCUUUACAUGUAAUGAAUGUGAGAAAACCUUUACUCAAAGGGCAAGCCUUAUUAGCCAUCAGAGAAGUCAUAUUGGAGAGAAACCUUUUACAUGUAAUGAAUGUGAGAAAACUUUCAGUGAGAAAAGAAAUCUUAUAACUCAUCAAAGAACUCACACUGGAGAGAAACCCUUUACAUGUAAUGAAUGUGAGAAAACCUUUACCCAAAGGGCAAGCCUUAUUAGCCAUCAGAGAACUCAUACUGGAGAGAAACUGUUUCCAUGUAAUGAAUGUGGGAAAGCAUUUACCCAAAAGGCAAGCCUUAUUACUCACCAGAGAACACAUACUGGAGAGAAACCUUUUGCAUGUAAUGAAUGUGGAAGAUCGUUUACUCGAAGAGCAAAUUUUAUUAUGCAUCAGAGGACCCAUGCGAGAGGAAAAUCUUUUGAAUGUAAUGACUGUGAAAAAAGCAUAGAAAACCUUUACCCAAAGGGCAAGCCUUAUUAGCCAUCAGAGAACUCAUUUUAGAGAGAAACUGUUCCAUGUAAUUAAUGUGGAAAAGCAUUUACCCAAAAGGCAAGCCUUAUUACUCACCAGAGAACACAUACUGGAGAGAAACCUUUUGCAUGUAAUGAAUGUGGAAAAUCAUUUCCUUAAAGAGCAAACUUUAUUAUCAGAGGACCCAUGUGAGAAGAAAAUCUUUUGAAUGUAAUAAAUGUAAAAAAAAAAAAAAAAGCUUCAUCCCAAGGAAACAUCUUAUUGCACAUGAAAAUAUUCACCCUGAAGAGAACUCUUUGAAUGUAACAAAUGUGGAAAAGCCUUCAGUGGGAGAGAAUGCUUUAUUAACCAUCAGAAAAGUCAUACUGGAAUGAAAUUUAUUGAAGGUGAUAAAUACAAGGUGCUUCUGAUGUCCUUGCUUAGUUCUGUACUGUUUAAUAUCUUUAUCAAUUACUUAGUUGUUAUGCUUAUCAGAUUUGCAGAUGGCCCAAAGCUGGGAGCCAUGAUUAACACCAUGACAAUCAGUAUACAAAAAUAUCUUGACAGGCUAGAAUUUAGAUAUGAUAUGAGAUAAAUGUAAACAAAGACUAAAUGUUCUAAAUGAAAAAAGACAAUACAAAAAUCAAAUUCACAAGUUAUUUAAAAAUAUUAUUUUAUUUUACUAUGUACUAAGCAUUAUGGGUAUAAUGAAAAAAAUUUCCUGGCUCCAAGGAGCACACCUUUUAAUGGAGACAUGUAAAUAAUUGUGUACACAUAAUAUAAACACAAUACAGAAUAAACACAAUACAGAACUGGAAGAUAAUCUUAGAAGGUAUUAGUAGCUGGGAGAAUAAGGAAAGGCUUCCUUCAAAAGUUGGGAUUUGGGCUAUGUUAGAGGAAUCCAAGGAAGGUAAAAGGCAGGGCUGAGAACAUUUCAAGAAUUGGAGAAGUCUAGGCAAAAACAGAGGUAGAGUAUUGUGUUCAAUGAACAGCAAGUGGCCCAUUAUGUGGGACAGAGUAAAGAAUGAAAAAAGAGAAAGGGACCGAGUUGUGAAGAGUUUUAAAUGCCAAACCAAGGAGUUUAUUUUUUAACCUUGGACAUAAGGCAUUGCUGGAUUUUAUUGAGUGUGGAGGGGAAGUAACAUCAUCUUAUCUAAGAUUUAGGAAAAUCAUUUUGGCAGCUAAGUAAAGGUUGGAUGGAAACAGUACAGAUUUGAAGCAGGGAGACCAAUUAUGAGUUGUCCAGACAAAGGAUGAUUGAUUGGGUAGUGUUUUUUUUCCCUUCCUUCCUGAAGAGUUAAUAAAAUUCUUUAAAAAAGAAAAACAUUGUCCUAUCUUCAGGAACGGCUGAGUUUUAAAACUAAUCAAGUUAGUAGCUAUUGUUUUACAUUAAAAGUCAUCUUAAAACAUUCACACAGUACAAUUUUCUUAGCUAAGUAAAUCUAGUCGAGUGACAAGGAGUUAGUCCACAAAUAUUACAGUAUGUGUGUAAGAGGGAGGGUCAUAGACUAUUCUAGGGGAAAGGCAGUAACUCCUGGGAGUGAUCAGAAAAGGCUUCAUGUACAAGGUGGAUGGUACUUAAGCCCAGGGAUUCUGAGAGGUGGAGCUGAGGAAGUACAUUCCAGGCCUAAGCACACUCAGUACAAAAGCAUGGAUUGGGAAUGGAGUAUCACAUGAGAGAAUACUGAGGUGGUCAUUGUGAGUGGAUUAUAAUUCACUUGGAGGUGAAUAAGAGACUAGAAGAGUAUUUUGGGUGCAGAUUGUGAGGGGCCCUAAAUGUCAAAAAGACAUUUUACUAUGGAGUUAAUAGGGAAUAUAGUAUUUUCUUAAUAGAGAGCAGGAUAGUCUUAUACUUAAAGACAGUCACUUUAGCAGGUGAAUGAAAGAUGAAUUGGAAAGGGCAGGUAUUCAAGGCAGGAGCACCAAUUAGGAAAUUACUUCAGUUGCCCAGAUAGAGGUGAUGAGGGCCUCAACUGUGGUGUAAUGUAUGGGAGCGAAGAGAAGGGGGUGUAUGUAAGACAUGUGGUGGAGAUUGAGGACAUUAUUAAAUUGGAGAAUGAUAAGGAUGAUGUAGUUUAUUUCAUAUAAACAUCAUUUGGUUUAAUAGGAUGUUUGGAGAAAACAUUGGGCAAAAUGAGAGCUUUCUUCAAGAACUAGAAGAGCUGUUAAGUGAAAGUGGGGUCUGUCUGGCUUGUUUUGCUUAGGCUCAGGGAGCAAAAGUGGGAAAGAUGGCUGGAAGUUGCAUAGUUAAAUUUCAGUCCCUGUACUGUAGGGAAAGAAGGUGUGUCCAAGUGGACUAGGCUGCCCAGGACCCAGCCAGUUCCCCCCUCUCCCCAAUAUAUUAAAUGAAACUUUAAACAGACAUCUCUUAAGCACAGGCUACAUGCAAGGGAGAGUGCUAGAUGUAGGAAACAAACAGGACAGUCUGUUCAAAGAGCUUUCAUUCAGUUAGAAAGCAGUGGCCUGGGUCUCAUUUGCUCACCAGUCACCAGGUGAGAGUUUGGAAUUUGGCAUUAAUGCCUUAAGGGAAUGGAAAGUGCUUCUGGCUGUCCAGUACCGGCAGCAGGCCAGAUGUCUGGGGUGGACGGCUGGAAGAGAUGAAUGGCUGGUCUGGGCUUGCUAGAUAAGGAGUCUGUUUCAUGUGGUAGAAGCGGCACUUAUUUCAUAUAGACCAGGCAAUUUUGUAUCAACUACAAGGUUCCUGCCAUGAAAGCUAGGUUAUCUUCCCCGUAAGACAGUGAAACAAUCAAGAUUUACUUAAUCCAGGGAUUAAACUGGUACACUUGUCAUAACUCUCUCUUAAAUAUAAAAUCUAGUCUUGAAGAGUCAAGGCUUUAAACACCCAUUGUUUUCAGAGGGGCAACAUGCCCUUUGAGGGGACACUACUUUAUUAAUACUAAGGACCUGCUUCCAUGGGAACCAAUACUUUGUCAAAGUAUCUUUUCCCCGAUUGUCUCUCAUUUCACUUCAUCCUAGAGUCUGAAUCCUAGGCCCAAUGUCAGGGCUGGUUCUGUACUUACGGGACAUAAAUUUAAGGAGGAGUCAUUUGUACUGAGCUGCCAUAGUCCAGAAUUGGAAAGUCCUCACCACUGAGACCAACCUAUAAUCAGCAGGGGAUUUCUUCUACACGAUCACCUUUAUCCAGCUUUGCUUGACUAUAGGAUCUGAGAUUUGGAGCUAGAAGGGACCCUGGAGGUCAAGUCAAACUGUUUACUUGACAAAAGACAAAAAUGAGACUGAGAUAUACUAAAUGACUUGUUUGGGGUGACACAGUAAUUUUUUUUUUUUUUUUUUUUUUUUUUGCUGAGGCAAUUGGGGUUAAGUGACUUGCCCCAGGGUCACACAGCUAAGAAGUGUUAAGUGUCUGAAGGCAGAUUUGAACUCAGGUCCUCCUGACUUUAGGUCUGGUGCACUAAUCACUGUGCCACCUAGCUGGCGCUAAUACAAUAAUUCUGAAGUCGAAUUCAAACCCUGGCUCCAAGUCCAAUGCUGUAUGUUCUCAACAGAUGGCAUGCUGAGUUUUUAAAAAAUAAUAAUCUGGAGAGAAGUAAUCCUACUACACCAAAAGGUCAAGGGGUUAAAGACCACAUUGAUGUCAGUAUUCUCUUUCCUGGUACACAUCACAAUCAGUCCAUGGCUGUCCCUAAACAGUCCAUGCAGAAAUGUGUUUUUCUAGGAUCUUUCCUAAGUUUUUCCUAACAUCUUUUAAGUUUUCACUUUGUAUAUGUAAGUGGGCUUAUAAAUAAAGCACUUUUAAGUAUUAUCUCAUAAAUCUGUCAGUUAUUAAAGUAACUUUUAAGACCAAAGGAAAGAUUAAAAAUGGCCAAAUUAAUAGUUUAACCUUAGUCCAGAAAAGAUUUAUAAAGCUUAAAUUCAUUAUGCUGUUUUGAUUUCUUAAAUGUGUCCUUUUAGUUUGCAGAAAUUUUAAUUUUAUAAAAUGACAUAAAAUGAUAAAAUUCCCUUUACUUACUGGCUAUAUAUACAAUCCUUUUUUGUCUAUGAGGUCAUCUUCAAAAGAAAUUGAGAUAAUCUCUUCUGAAUCCCCCCCCCCCAAAAAAAAAGCCACACAGUCAAAUUAGAAGAUAUACACUAAAUCUCCUGAAGAAAAGUUCUUACUCUCUCUCAUUUCUAUAACAUAUCUGCUCCUAAGAAGCUUCAAGACUCCAAGUACAGAGGAAUGUUCUAGAUUCAUAUAUAUGAGUUCUAAAAUUCUGGGAUUCUCAGAUUCUCUAUAUCCUCUUCACACUUCAGAUUGAGAAAAAUAAAGGGAAACACACCUAAGGAUUUAUUUAAUUCUGAGAGACCUCACUGAAAAUUAGAAGUCAUCAUCGUUACUUGUUGAAUGGAAUGGAAAUUUCUUGUUUAGUCACUUCAGUGACUCUUCGGGACCUAAUUUGAAGUUUUCUUGGCAAAGAUAACUGGUGUGUGUUAGCCAUUUCCCUCUCCAGUUCAUUUUACAGGUAAGGAAACUAAGGCAGAGCUAAGUGACUUCCCCAGGGUUAGACAGCUAGUGUCUGAUUUGGCAAGAUUUGAAAUCAGGGAAAGAAUUUUUUCUGACUUCAGAUCCAGCAUUAUUAAGACUUGGGUCUCAAAAGAUUAAAAUUUGAUUGAAAAAAAUCUUUUUUAAUAGUCUUGAUAUGGCACAGAAAAAGCCAGUGUAUUGAAUUUUCAGAGUUAUACAUUCUAUGGGUUAUUAGCUUCCUAAAAGUAAAAUUAAAAUAGAAAACAGAUAAAUUGUAGUUUUGUGGAACAAUUUAGAAUUCUCCAGAGUACUAAAAGAUUAAAAAUGGCCAAAUUAAUAGUUUAACCUUAGUCCAGAAAAGAUUUAUAAAGCUUAAAUUCAUUAUGCUGUUUUGAUUUCUUAAAUGUGUCCUUUUAGUUUGCAGAAAUUUUAAUUUUAUAAAAUGACAUAAAAUGAUAAAAUUCCCUUUACUUACUGGCUAUAUAUACAAUCCUUUUUUGUCUAUGAGGUCAUCUUCAAAAGAAAUUGAGAUAAUCUCUUCUGAAUCCCCCCCCCCAAAAAAAAAGCCACACAGUCAAAUUAGAAGAUAUACACUAAAUCUCCUGAAGAAAAGUUCUUACUCUCUCUCAUUUCUAUAACAUAUCUGCUCCUAAGAAGCUUCAAGACUCCAAGUACAGAGGAAUGUUCUAGAUUCAUAUAUAUGAGUUCUAAAAUUCUGGGAUUCUCAGAUUCUCUAUAUCCUCUUCACACUUCAGAUUGAGAAAAAUAAAGGGAAACACACCUAAGGAUUUAUUUAAUUCUGAGAGACCUCACUGAAAAUUAGAAGUCAUCAUCGUUACUUGUUGAAUGGAAUGGAAAUUUCUUGUUUAGUCACUUCAGUGACUCUUCGGGACCUAAUUUGAAGUUUUCUUGGCAAAGAUAACUGGUGUGUGUUGGCCAUUUCCCUCUCCAGUUCAUUUUACAGGUAAGGAAACUAAGGCAGAGCUAAGUGACUUCCCCAGGGUUAGACAGCUAGUGUCUGAUUUGGCAAGAUUUGAAAUCAGGGAAAGAAUUUUUUCUGACUUCAGAUCCAGCAUUAUUAAGACUUGGGUCUCAAAAGAUUAAAAUUUGAUUGAAAAAAAUCUUUUUUAAUAGUCUUGAUAUGGCACAGAAAAAGCCAGUGUAUUGAAUUUUCAAAGUUAUACAUUCUAUGGGUUAUUAGCUUCCUAAAAGUAAAAUUAAAAUAGAAACAGAUAAAUUGUAGUUUUGUGGAACAAUUUAGAAUUCUCCAGAGUACUAAAAGAUUAAAAAUGGCCAAAUUAAUAGUUUAACCUUAGUCCAGAAAAGAUUUAUAAAGCUUAAAUUCAUUAUGCUGUUUUGAUUUCUUAAAUGUGUCCUUUUAGUUUGCAGAAAUUUUAAUUUUAUAAAAUGACAAGUUUAGCAAACAUGAAUUAUUUCGGAAACUGUCAUGUAAGCCAGAAAAUAAAAAUAAAAAUGGAAGGUAGACGACAGUGGAUAGAGUGCCAAUCCUGGAAUCAAGACCUGAAUUCAAAUUCAGUCUCAGACUUACUUAGCUGUAUGCCCUAGGCAAGUCAUUUAACUGUUUGCCUCCGUUUCCUCAUCUGUAAAAUGAACCGGAGAAGGAAAUGACCAAUGACCAACCACUCCAGUAUCUCUGCCAAGAACGCCCUCAAAGGAGUCAUGAGUUGGACAGGACUGAAAACACAGUGAAAAGUAAAAAUACUGAUUGAAUCAUCAUUCAUUGAAUUUGUUUCCUUUUUCCAUUUUCUGCCAAGGGAGUUUCUUGUGCUGUUUGCAAUUUCUCUAAUUGAUAAAGAGCCUUACGGUGGCCACCUCUUCCAGAGACAACUGGCUUCUUUUUGGAAAGCCUUUCUGGGCCGUCUGACUUAGCCUCGGACUUUUCGGGAUAGUCGUCUACGGCAUCGAUUUCCUUUGGGUGAUGAUCUUGCCCUUGUCUGGCUGGCGGUCCCCUGGGGGCCAGUGGAUGCCCCGCCCCGACCAACUGCAGGGCUUGAGCUCAGAGGCACUGCUUCAACGUUUGCAACGACCCAGUCUCAGUUACUCCUUUUCUCACCUCCUUUCUCCGGUGCCCAAGGGUAGAGUUGGCAAGAUGGUGCCCGGAGGUCAGAGGGCCCUCACAGAAAUUGACCAGACAUGCGGUUCAUUUUGUAGCCAGAUUCAAACCUGACGUUUUCGCAGCCUGAGCCUCGGCGGGCAGAUGGGUCCUUCGUGCCCGGUCCGGGACCCCUUCCUGCCUCACGGCCCACGGCCACCCCCACCGCGGAGCCUGUUCCCGCGCUCUGCCCACCCACGUGGGUACUUCCCGCCUAGUCCUCACGGGCCUUCCCCGGACUCAGCCAGAGCGAAGCUGCCCUGGCUCUGGGGCAAAGUGCAAGUGCAAGAAGUGCCUUGAGGAACAGGAACAGUAGCAAGGGCGAGGGACCCAGAGGCAAAAAGGCAAUAACCCCAUGCCCGGACUAAUAGAAGCUGGCGCUCCACACGGAGAGACUCUAAGUCCGAGGCCAAGCACGCUGGCUUUGUGACGGGGCCACCAGGGCUCAGGGCAGUCCGGCCUCCGUCUGGAGCGCAGGCGCUCCGGCAAAGAAAGGGGACUACAGAGCCAUCUGGGACAUGUAGUUCCGACGGAGCUAGAGCGGUGUGGCCGAGGCGGGCCGUGACGGUUCCCGGACUCCACUUCCCAGAAUACUUCGGGAGACUCCAGGGGUCUCGUGCCCCCGAGCCAUUCAAUGAGAACGGGCGCAAUGGGCGCUGUGUCGUGGGAGUCAUCUUGGGAGGCCCGACUUCCGACACUCGUGCUUGCCUUCUGCGUGUCCUCGGCUUUGAGCCCACAGCGUUGACUGGAAGCGUUGGCAAGCGUCCGCCAAAACCCACUUCCUAGCUCCGCCAGCCUCCUCGGCCGGUGCGUCUCCACGCCCCUGAGCUCUCGCGGUGAGUGAGUGCGCAGGCGCGGCGUCUGGGACCGGCCACCCCUUCAAUUCCCUGCCCUCCCUAACUGGACCGAGUUCAGGGAGUGCGCAGGCGCGGCCAGGAAAGGGCGGUUGCUGGAGGCGUGUCCGUAACUGAGCAUGGGGGCGUUCCCGUGAGGUUGUGAGCGCGGGCGUGAAUGGCCGGGAGCUUUCCCAAGUUUAUUCUCUUUCAUUCAUUGAGUCUUUGAGCGCUUUCUGUGCGCCCGGCUUUGGGCGCUGCGCUGGGGUAUCUAAAGCAAAAGGCAGGCCCUGCCCUCAGGGAGCCCUGGUCUGAUGGAGGAAACCGCCUGCAAACCCCUGUCAGAGCUUGUGCCGAGGGCGGGCCCGGGGCUGGCGGAU